UGCGACCAUUCUGUUUAAAACUUCCUAUCCAUUCCAUAAAAAAAAAAAAACUUCCUAUCCAUCAAAUUUUGUAUUGUGAAAAAAAAACCCCAAACCGGAAUCGAAUCUUCUUCAUCUUCGCAUGGUGUUUGAAAACCCUAAUUCCAUUUCUCCGCUUCCCUCCGAGCUCGGAUGGACACGGAUGAGAUUCUAGUCCGUCGCGAUAACCCUAGGGGCCUCUCGUUCUCGACCAAGGCUAUGCCCAAUGACCACCUGCCGCCGCAGAAGUCGCAGCAGCCGCCACCGCCGACGAUACUCGAUAGGUUCAGGGCCUUGAUGAAGCAGCGCGCCGAGCUUACCGGGAGAGACGUUGACGGUGGAGCCAGUCCGUCGUCCUUGGCCGGAGAUGAAGUGGUGCAGCUUUACGAGUUGAUGCUCUCCGAAUUAACUUUCAACUCCAAGCCUAUCAUCACUGAUUUGACAAUCGUCGCCGGGGAGCAGCGGGAGUAUGGCGCGGGAAUCGCCGACGCUAUCUGUGCUCGAAUUAUUGAGGCUCCAGUUGAGCAAAAACUGCCUUCCUUAUACCUGUUAGACAGCAUUGUGAAGAACAUUGGACGUGAUUAUGUUAGGCACUUCUCUUCCCGAUUGCCAGAGGUUUUCUGUGAAGCAUACAGACAAAUACAUCCUAGUCUCUAUCCUUCCAUGCGGCAUCUUUUUGGGACAUGGUCCACUGUGUUUCCUCCUGCUGUUCUUCGCAAGAUCGACACCCAGCUACAACUUUCUGCUCAAGUUAACAAUCAAUCUUCUGGGUUGACAUCGUUGAGGGAUUCUGAAUCGCCCAGACCAGCUCAUGGCAUUCAUGUGAAUCCAAAGUACUUGCGUCAAUUGGAUCACUCAACUUCAGAGAGUGUAGGAAACCAAAGAAUCAAGACAGCUGGAGGUUCAGCUUCUUCAUCUUUUACGCUUGGAGCUAAUAAGUUACUCCACUCUUCAAAUUCCAGGCUUCCAAGACCUUUGUCACCUUCAGCUGAGAUGUCAUUAUCUUCAGAGCUUGAUAACUUUGGGUCAUCGAGGUCUCCUAGAAGACUUGUGCAUGGGGCAUCUCCAUCUCAUCAUGUACUUGAUUAUGGACUUGGGAAAAUUGGCGACAGAAAUGAAGAGGCAGAUGAAUGGAGAAGAAAACACUAUUCUGAUGAAAGGGACAGUAGAUUCGGAACUUCUGUUGUGCACAGAAUCAACAAUGUACACGAGCCUUUAGGCCCCAGAGCUCUGAUAGAUGCGUACGGGGAUGAUAGGGGUCAUAGGAAUACAAAUAGUAAACCCUUGCAGCUUGAUCGUCUGAAUGUGAAUGGUGUGGGCAAUAAGCUGGCGACGGGAUCAUGGCAGAAUACUGAAGAGGAGGAAUUCGACUGGGAAGAUAUGAGCCCUACAUUAACCAAUCAGAACUUAAGUAAUAACUUGUUGUCAUCAUCUGGUAUGCCUGUGAUUGGGAAAACUUCAAGUUCUGCCUCAUCAGGGUCAAAUUUUAGGGGCAAGCAUAUUAAUCAAGUCCAGCCAGUUGGAAAAAUUGACUCUUCUAGCAUUGCAGAAGAUCUAUACCCUACUAUUAAUAUAAAUCAGAAUAUUGGCUCCAGGGAUCCUAGAGAAGCAUUGAAUUUUCCUCAUCACUUACCUCGGUCAACUCAUCUUCCAACUGAUAAACACCCAGAUACUGGAUCCCAGCUUAUCCGUCCUCCAAAUGCCUCUUCAAUGAUGGGAUCUGCUUUUGAUGCCAAUGCUUCUGGAACUUGGUCGGACAAUUUACCUUCUUUACAUUCAUCUGUGCUGCCAAGUUUUCCAUCACAGAGGCAGAGUAGCAAUCAAUUUGAUCGGAUAAAUGUGAGCAACAAUGCUACCAACUCAGAGAUACAGUACAACAGUUUAGAGAACAGAGGGCUCAGUUUACCGAAUCAACCUCUGCUACCGAAUCAAAGCAAUGCUUUGUAUCAGCAGAAUGAGCGGAAGUUGAAUCCUUUUGCACCUCAGUUUCUGCCACCUCGUGAUGCCCGUGAGAAUUUCGCCCAUUCUUCAAUGGGUUCAAUGCCACGGCAUAUACAUCCAUCCAACCAUGGGUACCCCAUGCACCGACAUGGAGGUGGGAUUAACAUGGGUCCAUCUAAUUCGAUGCAUCCGGUCAACAAUAUUUUGAAUAACUUGCAUUCACAGAUGGGUGUAAGACCACCUCUGCCUCCAGGUCCUCCUCCUGCCUCUCACAUGAUGCUCAACCACCAGCAUGGUGGUUCAUUUACUCCGAACCAACCGCCAGGUCGUCCAUUUUCUGGUUUGAUCAAUACUCUCAUGACUCAAGGUGUGAUCUCAUUGACGAACCCGAAUACUAUGCAGGAGUCACUUGGACUUGAGUUUGAUGCUGAUCUUCUCAAGGUACGUCAUGAGUCGGCAUUAAGUGCCUUGUAUGCUGAUCUCCCAAGACAGUGCAUGACUUGUGGGCAUCGCUUCAAGUCCCAAGAAGAGCACAGCACUCACAUGGAUUGGCAUGUUACUAGGAACCGCAUGUCUAAAAACCGAAAGCAGAACCCUUCUCGCAAAUGGUUUGUCAGUGCGAGCAUGUGGCUCACUGGUGCCGAGGCAUUAGGAACUGAUGUUGUGCCUGUUUUUUUGCCUCCCGAAAAUGUCGUUGAAAAGAAAGAUGAGGAAGAAUUUUCUGUCCCUGCUGAUGAGGAUCAGACUGCAUGUGCAUUAUGUGGAGAGCCAUUUGAUGAUUUCUAUAGUGAUGAAACCGAGGAAUGGAUGUAUAAGGGUGCUGUGUAUUUAAAUGCGACUCCCCAGGGGUGGACACCGGGCAUGGAUAGAUCACCGUUUGGUCCUAUAGUACAUGCCAAAUGCAGACCAGAAUCGAGUGGAGUGCCCACUGGUGACCUAAGGCAAGAUGAUGAGGUCAAUGUAGAAGAGGGUAGUCAAAGGAAACGACUGCGGAGUUAAAAGUUGUGCUAGGCCAAGCUUCACAGUCCUUGUCUAACUUUUAAUUUCAUGAUGUUAGUGGUAUGCUCUUUGCUUAAUUUUACAGGAGUUUGCUUGAAAAUCUUUGUACAUAUAUAGUUGGAGCUGUAUCAUGCAUGCUAAUUUUCCUGGGGGAAAAGUUAUAUUUGCUCCAUCGCUCUUGUAUUCUUCUGCCUCUUGUUAUCAGAACAUCUAGGUAGGGGAUUCCAUUAGCAUAUAUGCUUGCUUUUACAUACAUUGCCGUUGAGAUUGAAACCGCCUGGAAACCAACAUUGUAAGAAGGCAAAGGUCCUUCAGAAUCUACUCCAUUGUUUUUCAUUGUGCAGGGCAGGCAUUUCCGCUCAUCUAUGAAAUGUAAGUCUUACCAAUCAAGCUCUGGAUCUCAGUGAACUAAAGCAUGAUAGAAACC